AUGCAGUUUACACCAAAUAAAUCCGAAUGUCGGCCCAUUCUCAGGUUGAUGCUUUUAAUGGCACUUGCUGUGAAUGCCUGUUGUAAUUCCAGUUUGAAAGUGGUGCCAAACAGGAGUAUUACUGUGGAAGACCAUGUUCCAUGGGAAAGUGGAGCCAGACUUUUGAGUGGCAGCCCAUGGGACCAAGCUUGGCUCAGCUGGACUGCUAGACAUACUCUGGGAUUCGGGCCUACACCCAGUGAAGUGUCAAAUGCCGUUUCAGUUGCUGGUCAGGCCUCAGCCAACUUUUUUGUUGCGCAGCAACAACUACAGGCUGCUAAGGAGAAUGUGUUAAACCAACAACGUAUUGCAACGGAAAAACAAACGCAGGCUAUAAUAUUGAAACAGAAGUCUCAGGCGGCGGUGGCUCAAGCUGCCGCUCAAGCUGCUGCCGCUGAAAUUAAAAAAACUGAACACGAAGCUGUCAAACUUGGUUAUUUUACUCAAAUAGCGCACCCAAGCUCUGAUCACCACAUCUCCUCUUCAAAGCCAGCAAGCAAUCAUUUGUCUAUAUCUAAUAUGGAACCGAUUGUAUUUGGGUCCUGGCUAGAUACUUAUGGUAACAAUCUCGGGAAACUAGUAAAUGAUUGGUAA